AUGUGUCCGACCGUGGCGGUGAAGGAUCACUCUGCAGCCGCGGCGAGUGCACGGCGAAUAGGAAAUUACUUAAGACAUCAGUGUUUGGAGGCGGGAGAGGCCAAAGAACACACUGAAAAGAAAACCAACGUGGUGGAUGUGGUGGAUGUGGUGGAUGUGGUUGGUGUGCUGGAUGUGGUGGAUGUGGUUGGGUGUAGUUGGAUGUGGUUGGUGUGGUUGGUGUGGUUGGAUGUAGUUGGUGUGGUUGGUGUGGUUGAUGUGGUGGAUGUGGUUGGGUGUAGUUGGAUGUGGUGGAUGUGGUUGUUGGAUGUGGUGGAUGUGGUUGGUGUGGUGGAUGUGGUGGAUGUGGUUGGGUGUAGUUGGAUGUGGUGGAUGUGGUUGGUGUGGUUGGUGUGGUUGGAUGUAGUUGGUGUGUUGGAUGUGGUGGAUGUGGUUGGUGUGGUUGGUGUGGUUGGUGUGGUGGAUGUAGUUGGAUGUAGUGGAUGUGGUGGAUGUGGUUGGUGUGGUGGAUGUGGUUGGAUGUGGUGGAUGUGGUGGAUGUGGUUGGGUGUGGUUGGUGUGGUGGAUGUAGUUGGAUGUAGUGGAUGUGGUGGAUGUGGUUGGAUGUGGUUGGAUGUGGUGGAUGUGGUGGAUGUGGUGGAUGUGGUGGAUGUGGUGGAUGUGGUUGGGUGUGUAAAUGCAGCCUCUGUCAUUCUGUGUUUACUCCUGAUCUCUCUGCAAACACCUGGACACGGCCAGAACCACAGACUGUCGGCCAAUCAGAACCACAGACUGACGGCCGAUGAGAACCGCGGACUGUCGGCCGAGAACCACAGAUUGUCGGCCAAUCAGAACCACAGACUGUCGGCCGAUCAGAACCACAGACUGACGGCCGAUCGGAACCGCAGACUGUCGGCCGAUCAGAACCACAGACUGACGGCCGAUCGGAACCGCAGACUGUCGGCCGAGAACCACAGAUUGUCGGCCGAGAACCACAGAUUGUCGGCCAAUCAGAACCGCAGACUGUCGGCCGAUCAGAACCACAGACUGUCGGCCGAUCAGAACCACAGACUGUCGGCCAAUCAGAACCACAGAUUGUCGGCCAAUCAGAACCACAGACUGUCGGCCGAUCAGAACCGCAGACUGACGGCCGAUCAGAACCACAGACUGUCGGCCGAUCAGAACCGCAGACUGUCGGCCGAUCAGAACCGCAGACUGACGACCGAUCAGAACCGCCGACUGUCGGCCGAGAACCACAGAUUGUCGGCCGAGAACCACAGAUUGUCGGCCAAUCAGAACCACAGACUGACGGCCGAUCAGAACCGCAGACUGACGGCCGUUCAGAACCGCAGACUGACGGCCGAUCAGAACCACAGACUGUCGGCCGAUCAGAACCACAGACUGUCGGCCGAUCAGAACCGCAGACUGACGGCCGAUCAGAACCACAGACUGUCGGCCGAUCAGAACCGCAGACUGUUGGCCGAGAACCACAGAUUGUCGGCCGAGAACCACAGAUUGUCGGCCAAUCAGAACCACAGACUGUCGAACGAUCAGAACCGCAGACUGUCGGCCGAUCAGAACCGCAGACUGUCGGCCGAUCAGAACCGCAGACUGACGGCCGAUCAGAACCGCAGACUGACGGCCGAUCAGAACCGCCGACUGUCGGCCGAGAACCACAGAUUGUCGGCCGAGAACCACAGAUUGUCGGCCAAUCAGAACCACAGACUGACGGCCGAUCAGAACCGCAGACUGACGGCCGUUCAGAACCGCAGACUGACGGCCCAUCAGAACCACAGACUGUCGGCCGAUCAGAACCACAGACUGUCGGCCAAUCAGAACCGCAGACUGACAGCCGAUCAGAACCACAGACUGUCGGCCGAUCAGAACCGCAGACUGUCGGCCGAGAACCACAGAUUGUCGGCCAAUCAGAACCGCAGACUGUCGGCCGAUCAGAACCGCAGACUGUCGGCCGAUCAGAACCGCAGACUGUCGGCCGAUCAGAACCGCAGACUGUCGGCCAAUCAGAACCACAGACUGACGGCCUAUCAGAACCGCAGACUGACGGCCGUUCAGAACCGCAGACUGACGGCCGAUCAGAACCACAGACUGUUGGCCGAGAACCACAGAUUGUCGGCCGAGAACCACAGAUUGUCGGCCAAUCAGAACCACAGACUGUUGGCCGAUCAGAACCGCAGACUGUCGGCCGAUCAGAACCGCAGACUGACGGCCGAUCAGAACCGCAGACUGACGGCCGAUCAGAACCGCCGACUGUCGGCCGAGAACCACAGAUUGUCGGCCGAGAACCACAGAUUGUCGGCCAAUCAGAACCAUCGACUGUCGGCCAAUCAGAACCAUAGACUGUCGGCCAAUCAGAACCGCAGACUGACGGCCGAUCAGAACCACAGACUGUUGGGCGAGAACCACAGAUUGUCGGCCGAGAACCACAGAUUGUCGGCCAAUCAGAACCACAGACUGUCGGCCGAUCAGAACCGCAGACUGUCGGCCGAUCAGAACCGCAGACUGUCGGCCGAUCAGAACCGCAGACUGUCGGCCGAUCAGAACCGCAGACUGACGGCCGAUCAGAACCGCCGACUGUCGGCCGAGAACCACAGAUUGUCGGCCGAGAACCACAGAUUGUCGGCCGAGAACCACAGAUUGUCGGCCAAUCAGAACCACAGACUGACGGCCGAUCAGAACCGCAGACUGACGGCCGUUCAGAACCGCAGACUGACGGCCCAUCAGAACCACAGACUGUCGGCCGAUCAGAACCACAGACUGUCGGCCGAUCAGAACCGCAGACUGACAGCCGAUCAGAACCACAGACUGUCGGCCGAUCAGAACCGCAGACUGUCGGCCGAGAACCACAGAUUGUCGGCCAAUCAGAACCGCAGACUGUCGGCCGAUCAGAACCGCAGACUGUCGGCCGAUCAGAACCGCAGACUGUCGGCCGAUCAGAACCGCAGACUGUCGGCCAAUCAGAACCACAGACUGACGGCCGAUCAGAACCGCAGACUGACGGCCGUUCAGAACCGCAGACUGACGGCCGAUCAGAACCACAGACUGUCGGCCGAUCAGAACCAUAGACUAUUGUCGGCCGAGAACCACAGAUUGUCGGCCAAUCAGAACCACAGACUGUCGGCCGAUCAGAACCGCAGACUGUCGGCCGAUCAGAACCGCAGACUGUCGGCCGAUCAGAACCGCAGACUGACGGCCGAUCAGAACCGCAGACUGACGGCCGAUCAGAACCGCCGACUGUCGGCCGAGAACCACAGAUUGUCGGCCGAGAACCACAGAUUGUCGGCCAAUCAGAACCGCAGACUGACGGCCGUUCAGAACCGCAGACUGACGGCCCAUCAGAACCACAGACUGUCGGCCGAUCAGAACCGCAGACUGACAGCCGAUCAGAACCACAGACUGUCGGCCGAGAACCACAGAUUGUCGGCCAAUCAGAACCGCAGACUGUCGGCCGAUCAGAACCGCAGACUGUCGGCCGAUCAGAACCUCAGACUGUCGGCCGAUCAGAACCGCAGACUGUCGGCCGAUCAGAACCGCAGAGGCCGAUCAGAAACCGCAGACUGUCGGCCGAUCAGAACCGCAGACUGUCGGCCGAUCAGAACCGCAGACCGACGGCCAAUCAGAACCGCAGACUGUCGGCCGAUCAGAACCGCAGACUGUCGGCCGAUCAGAACCGCAGACUGUCGGCCAAUCAGAACCACAGACUGUCGGCCGAUCAGAACCACAGACUGUCGGCCGUUCAGAACCGCAGAGGCCGAUCAGAACCGCAGACUGUCGGCCAAUCAGAACCGCAGACUGACGGCCAAUCAGAACCGCAGACUGUCGGCCGAUCAGAACCACAGACUGUCGGCCGAUCAGAACCACAGACUGUCGGCCGAUCAGAACCACAGACUGUCGGCCGAUCAGAACCACAGACUGUCGGCCGAUCAGAACCACAGACUGUCGGCCGAUCAGAACCGCAGACUGUCGGCCGAUCAGAACCGCAGACUGACGACCGAUCAGAACCGCAGACUGUCGGCCGAUCAGAACCGCAGACUGUCGGCCGAGAACCACAGAUUGUCGGCCGAGAACCACAGAUUAUCGGCCAAUCAGAACCACAGACUGUCGGCCAAUCAGAACCGCAGACUGUCGGCCGAUCAGAACCGCAGACUGACGACCGAUCAGAACCACAGACUGUCGGCCGAUCAGAACCACAGACUGUCGGCCAAUCAGAACCACAGACUGUCGGUUGGUUAA